AUGGAUCUUUCAAAUCCUCCCAAACCUUCGAAACGACUGGACCUCCAAGGCAUCCGUGCCUUGGCCAUUAUAGUGGUCCUUGGAUUUCAUUUUUAUCCAGAAUACUGUCCCAAUGGAUAUCUUGGAGUUGAUCAAUUCUUCGUGUUAUCCGGAUUUCUAAUGUGUAUGUUGUUAAAACGUGCUGAGAAUCAAUCCCUGUGCCAAUUAGUCAGUCUAUUUUACUCCAAGCGAUUCAAACGAAUCCUCCCAUUAUACCUACUUGUUAUCCUUGUUUCUAUGAUUUGUCUCUACCAAUAUUUUCCAAAUACUGCAAUCGAAACAAAUCAAGAGUCUGCUAUCCAUGCUCUUCUUUUUGUAUCAAAUCGUCCGAAGACAGAUCAGGAAGACUAUUUUCAGCAGCUCUCACUCGCUGUGGAUAUCUUCACACAUACCUGGUCAUUAUCCGUAGAAAUCCAGUUCUAUUUCUUGAUUCCUUUCAUCUUUAUGGUCUCCACCGCUCUCCCUAGCAAGUUUCAAUAUUUUUACUAUCUGGUUAUAGGUCUCUUAUCUUCAACCCUAUUCUACACUCUUCCUUCCACUGAAGCCUUCAACAGUGUUCUAGCGAGAAUUUGGCAGUUUUUGAUUGGCAUGGUGGUUUAUCUACUAUCAAAUCAAAAAACUGAAAUCAAAUACCAAGCACUGAAUAACGAAGAAGAGGGAGAAUGUAAAAAGUUGCUUGAAGAUGAGGAGAGCCAAGAAGUUGAUUGCUGUCCCAAUGAAAAAUUCUCAAAGUUUCUGAAACUGUCCCAAAGAUUCUCAUAUAUGAUUCUGCUGGUUGUGACAAUGGUAAACACAUUUCCAUUAACACUGCCGCCAGCACUAGUGAGGCCCUUCAUCACUAUUUCUACUGGUCUCCUGAUGCUCAUUUCCGAAGAUAGCCUUAUCCUAUCCAAUCGCUUUCUUACUUAUAUUGGAGAUAUUUCUUACUCCCUCUACCUCAUCCAUUGGCCAAUUUACGCCUACUGGAAGCUCACAUACGACGGAGACAAAUACCUGCUGCUGUGUGCAUUGGUCUCAUCUGUUGUCCUCGCUGUUGUCACAUUUGAGUUUUUUGAAAAAUGGUAUCUCAAACUGUCAUCUACAAGUAUUGGUAUCCUUGUUGUGGUGAUGUUUUUCUUGAAUGCAGUGAUAAUCAAUAAGGAUGAAAUUUCGGAUAAUUUGGAAACGAUUCGAAGUAAUGGAUCUAAUUUGGAUAAUGUGACAGACGACAUGACGUUAGACGAUGCCGCCCGCCUAAACCAUCGAUGGAGCAUUUAUGACCGUAAAUUUUUACGAGUUCCCAGUUGUGUUUAUGAGACGAAAUCGCAUUUAGGAUGGUGCAGGCAUGCGGGUCUCUCCCCAUCUGGAAAAUAUCGAAUCGCUAUCAUCGGCAACAGUUGGGCAGCCAAUCAUGCUAGAAUGUUCUAUCAGGAGUGUGGCCACAAGGCAAAAAGUAUCAUGCAAGGAGCCGCUUAUGGUUGUGAACCCCUUUACCCAAGUGGGAACACUGAACUUUGUAAGGGAAAUUUCACUCAUUUCGAGGAGAGGAUAAGAAAGGAGAAUCCAGAUUAUGCGUUCAUAUUUACGAGAUUCAUGUCUAUCGGUGAUCCAUUCCCAAAGGGUGUCACUAGUUUUGACAAAGAUCCCAUUUAUCAGACCAUGAAGAAACAAAUGCUGAAUUUCAUCGCCAAUAUAAAAUUCAAGCUUUACAUCUUGGAUGCAAUUCCAAGAAUCAAUCGAAAAGUCAUAGAGGAAAUAGUCCCAUUGAUCAGAAAUCAUACGGAUUUUGAAACUAUUGAUAACCUCUACAUAAAACCAGCAAAUUUUGAAAUGGCAAGAAGAAGGAAUGCAGAACUAAUAAAGGAUUGUAAUGGAAAAUGUGUUUUGGUGGAUUAUGAACCCGAAUUCUUUAACAAUUCCACCCAAACAUUCCGAUAUUUUGAUGAUCGAGGAUUCUCUUAUUGGACGGAUCCAUUGCAUUUAUCACCACAUGGAAUUGAAAAAAUCCGGCAUGUAUGGACGGAUAUUUGCACGGAUUUGUGA